AUGGAUAAUAGCUACGACGAGCAGAAGACUCCGCUCAUCCAGAACGAAUCUAAUCAGAAUACUAGCAACACCUAUAACUUUAACAAGAUGCAAGAUCAAUCCCCAGACUAAUUCAACAACGACAGCACUAACUACACCUAGGAUUUUAAGAAGGAAGAGAUUAGACAGCUAAUUGAUCAAGUAAACCUCAAGACUUAGACACUUAGACAGGAAAAGAAGGCCAAGACUGAUCUUGCUCCAUAUGGUAAGAUCUUACUAACCUACGCUGACAAAAAUGACAAAAUAAUGAUCACAGUCGGCUACAUUUUCUCCAUUCUGACUGGUAUCGGCCUGCCCUCAUUUGUAUUCUUGUUUGGAGAUAUUGUUAACUCAUUUACUGAUGGAAAUAUAUUAGAGGGGAUCAAACCCACAUGUCUGCAGUUUGCUAUCAUUGGUGCGGUAAUAUGGGUCACUUCUUAUUUCUACUAUGCUCUCUUAGUUAUUAUGUCAGAGAGAGUAGGGCAAAAGACCAGAGUUGCAUACCUAAGAGCUAUUCUAUAAUAGGACAUUUCAUGGUUUGAUAAGACUAACGUCACGGAACUUUCCGCAAGACUAACAAAAGAAUGUCAAGCAAUUCAAAAAGCUCUAGGCGAGAAAAUGGGCACUAUUCAGCUAGCUUUUGCCAUGUGUCUCUCAGGUUUAUUCUUUGCCUUCUUCAGAGGGUGGUGGUUCUCAUUAAUCCUAUUCUUUGCCUUCCCAGUCCUUUUUGCAAUGACUUAUAUAAUAACCUUGGCCAUGCAAAGUGGAUUCAUGCAAAACUUGAGAUCAUAUGGAUAGAGUGCAGGCUAUGCAGAACAAGCUCUCAAUGCUAUCAAAGUAGUUCAAGCUUUCGGGAUGGAGACAACUGAGAUGUCCAACUAUGACAAAUAUCUAGGUAGAGCUAGAGCAACUGGUGUUAGAACUCAUAUGAAGAGUGCUUUAGCCAUUGCUGGAUUUUUCUUUGCUAUGUUUGGAUACUAUGGUUACGCUUUCUAUACAGGAAGUUGGUUGGUUACUGAAAAAGUUACAAAUUCAAGAACUCACGAUUCCUAUAAUGCUGGAGAUAUUAUGGCUUGCUUCUUUGGAGUAGUGUUUGGUGUGUUCUCUCUAGGUAUGGCAACUCCAAACAUCAAGGCAGUAACUGAGGGAAGAGUAGCUGGAAAGAUGGCAUAUGAUCUGAUUGACAGAGUCCCAGCCAUUAAACUUGAUGAUCAAAGCUACCAAGAAGUAGGAUCAAUCAAAGACCAGAACAGAAAAUUCUUGAUGACUUUUCUGCUGUAUUCGAUGAGGGGAAAACAACUGCAAUAGUUGGUGCAUCAGGUUCAGGUAAAAGUACUAUCAUUCAGAUGA